GAUUAUCGAAGGCUCCACUAGCGAGAAGUUUUAGAUCUCCAUCCCUCUGCAAUCUUCGUUCCAGGCGCAGGAUACUCAUCUCUUUGCGACCAAGACUCCCUCGUCACCAACCCCCCUCAAAUCAAUCACAAUGUCUCCCGCUACUGCUCGUGGUCGUAAGGCCCAGAAGGUUACCCAGAAGUAUGUCAUCAACGCUUCUCAGCCCGUGAGCGACAAGAUCUUCGACAUCUCCGCUUUCGAGAAGUUCCUUCACGACCGCAUCAAGGUCGAGGGCCGUGUCGGCAACCUCGGUGACAAGGUCGUCAUCUCCCAGGUCGGUGAUGGCAAGAUCGAGGUUGUUGCCCACAUCCCCUUCUCUGGUCGUUACCUCAAGUACUUGACCAAGAAGUACCUCAAGAAGCAGCAGCUCCGUGACUGGCUCCGCGUUGUCGCCACCUCCAAGGGUGUCUACGAGCUCCGCUUCUACAACGUCGCCAGCGAGGAGGCUGACGAGGAUGAGGAGUAAAUGUCUCCUCUCUCGGAUAAAAAUUAAAAAAAUCGGCCAGGCUCGAGUACGCUCACAUCAGGGGGUUUCCAGAUUUGGACGGGAGCGAUAUCUUAAUGGGAGUCCGUGCUAUAGGUCCGGUCUGGAGGGUAUAUAGAUGCGGUUGGUCGGGAGCGCAUCAGCACGGCUCUGCGGCGUGAUAUGCCCGCCGGGUUGCCUCAACCUGAAAAGGCGGCAUUCCAUGGCUAGCCUCGUCACAUCCCCGUGUUGGUGUAAGACUUCUACUCAUGACGUUACGACUGGUAGAUUUGAAUUGAUCCAUCUAUCACCCAUUUGUUCCUUCAUUCUCGCGUAGUUUGCACGGAAAUUGCGUUUCGUCGGGUAUCAUAUAGUAAAGUCAGCUAUGAUGUGGCCAUCCUAAGUUAACCUAAAUCUGAGCUAGUCCUCUUCUGCC